CAUCACACUCAACACCUGCCACUGCGAGAGUGAGCGAGGAGCAGACCAACGUACGACGACGGCCAUGGCGAUGAGGAAGGAGGUCCUGCUGGUGGCCAUGAUGCUGGCGCUGGUUGUGGCGGCGCCAGGCGGGGCGCUCGCGGCGUGCGAGGUGGGGCAGCUGACGGUGUGCAUGCCCGCGAUCACCACCGGCGCGAAGCCGAGCGACGCGUGCUGUGGCAACCUGCGCGCGCAGCAGGCGUGCUUCUGCCAGUACGCCAAGGACCCCUCCCUCGCUCGCUACAUCACUAGCGCGUAGGGCUCAGCUAUAGGUAGGCUACCUCCCUCCAUGAGAGAUGAUAAGAGACUAUAGCUUAGCCUAGCUGAGACCUGAGAGAGUGCAUGCUGCGUCCAUGCACUCACGCAUGAUUCUGGAAUAAAAUGUUGGGUGAUGAUCGGUGCUGGAAUAAAAUGAGUUUUCCUACCUUC